AUGUCGUCUCGAUUUUUUCACGGCGGAGAUUCUGACAGCGAGAGCAGUUCUUCCGAGGAGGAAGAACUCUACUCUGACCAAGAGGAAGAGUCCGAAGAAGAGUCCGAGGAGGAAAGUGAAGAGGAAGAUGAGUCCGAUGAGGAAUCUUCUGAAGAUGAAGGUCGCGGGCUAGGUUCCAGCCGGUUCUUGAAGCCAUCGGGACUGGGUCAAGUUGAAUCGGACGACAGCGACGAUGAAGACCGCGAACGAGUCGUCAAGAGCGCUAAAGACAAGAGAUUCGAAGAACUGGAAAGCACAAUCCGGUCGAUCGAAAACGCUCAAAAAAUCAAUGACUGGGCUGUAAUUUCAACAGAAUUCGAUAAGAUGAACCGUCAGGUCGUCAAGGUCAUUCAGCAAGGCGCUUCUCCCAAGAUCUACAUCAAGAUGAUUGCCGACCUCGAAGACCUGAUCAAUGAGACCAACGAUAAACAAAAGUCGGGUGGCAAGAAGAUGAAUCCCAUCAACGCCAAAGGUUUCAACGCUAUGAAGCAAAAGAUCCGGAAGAACAACAAGGAUUACAACGCCGAGAUCGAGAAGUAUCGGGCGAACAAAGAGGAGUUCAUGGAGUCUGACGAAGAGGAGCCAUUGGAGGUUGAGCAAAAGACACGCAAGAGCAAGGUCCAGAGACUAGAUGCCCUUGAAGCUGCCAUUGAUGAGGAAGGAUUUGCCACAGUUGGUAGAGGAGGCAAGGCACUUGUCUAUACUCCCGAAAGCAUCCUGAAGCAUCUGCGCUCCAUCGUUGAGUCUCGUGGAAAGAAGAACACCGACCGGAGCGAACAGAUACGGAUUAUGGAGAGAUUACUGGAAGUCGCCAAUACCCCCUACCAACGGAUACGGGUCCUAUUGACUCUUAUUUCCACAAGAUUUGAUGUCACCAGCUCCUCUGUACAGGCCUACAUGUCACAAGAAUCUUGGCGAGCAGCGGAGCGAGAGUUCUCCUCUUUGUUGCAGACACUCGAGGAUGAAUCUCAAUACGUCGUUACAGAGGUCGCUGAUGAAUGGGAAGACGACGAAAAGCAGCCUAACCCCGCGGCUGGUGAGAUCUUCAAGAUUCCCGGCAGCGUUGUAUCCCUACUGGAGAGACUCGAUGACGAGCUGACAAGAUCUCUGCAACAAACCGAUCCCCAUACUGCCGAAUACAUCGAAAGAUUGGGCGACGAGCAGCUUCUAUAUACCGAUGUCGUGCGGACGCUUAUCUACACGGAGACGGUUAACAAGAAGCUCGAGAAAUCCGAGACCCGUCAGGAGAAUAUCAACAGGAUCGUCAUCAGGCGUUUAGAACAUAUCUAUUUCAAGCCGACGCUCGUUGUGAAGAUUUUGGAAGAGAAGACUUGGGCAGCUUUGCCAUCAAACCUGAACUCAGAACUCACCCCCCGCGGCAAGUUCACUGAGGUUGCGUCUCUUGUCCAGACGCUUUGUACUCAUCUGUUUGAACACAGCGAAGGUAUUAUCCGAGCCCGAGCCAUGCUGUGCGAGAUCUACUUCCUUGCUCUGCAGGACAACUACUAUCGCGCCAGAGAUCUUGCUCUGAUGAGCCAUCUGACUGAGAACAUUUCUUCAUUCGACGUGAGCACACAAAUCCUUUUCAACCGAACUCUCGUUCAGAUUGGCCUCUGCGCCUUCAGAGCUGGACUCUGCUAUGAGGCACAAGGUGUUCUCCAGGAAAUCUGCGGCUCUGGCCGCCAAAAGGAACUACUUGCUCAGGGUGUCAUCAUGCAGAGGUAUUCCACUGUAACCCCGGAGCAGGAACGGCUCGAACGUCAACGACAGCUGCCCUUCCACAUGCAUAUCAACCUGGAGCUGUUGGAAUGCGUCUACCUAACUUGCAGCAUGCUGCUCGAAAUCCCUCUCCUCGCGCAGACUGGCUCUUCUCCGGACGUCCGAAAGCGAGUCAUCUCCAAGACUUUCCGACGCAUGCUCGAGUACACGGAACGACAGGUCUUCCAGGGUCCUCCGGAGAACACUCGUGACCAUGUCAUGCAAGCUGCCAAGGCUCUCGCCCAAGGCGACUGGAAGCGAUGCCAGGAGCUCAUCAGCAAAAUCGGUAUUUGGGACCUUCUUGGCAGCGAUAAGGAUAAGAUCAAAGCCAUGCUGGCUGAACAGAUACAAGAAGAAGGUCUGCGUACCUAUCUUUUCACAUACGCACCUUAUUACGACACCCUCUCGCUAACCACACUAUCGGAUAUGUUCGAGCUGGAUCCCAAGAAGAUUUCAGCAGUCGUCUCAAAAAUGAUCUCACACGAAGAACUCGCUGCCGCAUUGGACCAGGUCAAGGAUGCGAUCGUGUUCCGAAAGGGUGUCGAGCUCUCUCGCCUACAGAGCCAGGUCAUUACUCUUUCGGAGAAGGCCAUGGGCAUCCUCGAGUCGAACGAGAAGGUGUUGGAGACAAGAACCGCUGGCAUGGCAAAUGCGUUCCAGCGAGAUCAAGGGCAGAGAAGUGGUCGUGGUGGCCGUAGUGGACGCGCCAACCUGCAGGGUCUGCCUCGUGGACAAGGUCAACGACGACCUGGUGGUCAGCAAUUUGGUGGCGGAGCUCUAGGUGGUGCAAUUAAAGCUUAA